AUGGUUUACCCCCAGCCCAAGGUGCUAACACCCUCUAGGAAAGAUGUCCUUGUCCUCACCCCUUGGCUGGCCCCCAUCAUCUGGGAAGGGACCUUCAACAUUGACAUCCUGAAUGAGCGGUUCCGGCUCCGGAACACCACCAUCGGACUAACGGUGUUUGCGAUCAAAAAAUACAUGGUCUUCCUGGAGCUGUUCCUGCAGACGGCGGAGAAGGACUUCAUGGUGGGACACAGGGUCACCUACUACGUGUUCACCGACCGGCCGGGGGAUAUGCCCCGCGUGCCCCUCGGGGAAGGGAGGCAGGUGGUGGUCCUGGAGGUCCGGAGCUCGCGCUGGCAGGACGUGUCCGUGCACCGCAUGGAGAUGAUCCGCAACUUCUCCCGGCGGCGCUUCCUCCACGAGGUGGACUAUCUGGUGUGCGCGGACGUGGACAUGAGGUUCCGGGAACACAUGAGCGUGGAGAUCCUGUCCCCGCUCUUCGGCACCCUGCACCCCGGCUUCUACGGGGCGGCCCGCGAGGCCUUCACCUACGAGCGCCGGCCGCAGUCCCAGGCGCACGUCCCCAGGGACGAGGGCGAGUUUUAGUACGCGGGAGGCUUUUUUGGGGGGUCGGUGGCCGAGGUUCUGCGGCUCACGUCGGCCUGUCACCAGGCCAUGGUGGUCAACCGGGCCCACGGCAUCGAGGCCGUGUGGCACGACGAGAGCCACCUGAACAGGUACCUGCUGGACCACAAGCCCACCAAGGUGCUGUCCCCCGAGUACCUGUGGGACGAACAACUGCUGGGCUGGCCCGCCGUCGUGAAGAAGCUGAGGUAUGUGACUGUGCCCAAGACUCACCGGGUCAUCCGGGACUGA